UUGCAUGGUGUCCGUGCCAUGAGAACAACCCAUGUCGCACGUGGUAUGUAGAUAAAAACUUUAGCGCAUGUCACAUAGUUUCUAUCUUGACCAGUACUUUUACGCUCAGACUUAUUAAUCAGUCGCAGGAACAGCGAGCCCCUUACGAGCGCCCAUAAAGACUAUUCAAGUCCUUUAUACCUGUAUUACGUCAAAUCAGCCUCCCUUGCUGGAGCACAAGACAGUUCUGCUGGGAUAUGUUAUGUAGUUUAAAAAACAUGGAUCUCACGAGCGACGGCGACGAGCACACUGAGUCGCCGAACACAAAGCGGAUCGUACCGCUAGAGGAGUUUUUACAUACUGACCCGAGCGCGGAGCUGCUCUUCGAAACUCCUCCGCCUGAUGUUGUCAGCUCUGUUACUGAGUGCUUUGAGCAGUUCACCAACACAUUUGAGAAGAGAAGAGAUGCUUCAUUCCACAAUCUGCUGUUGGACAGUGACUCUGGUGAAAGUCUGUUUUUAACACAGGCUGUGACUUCAGCGGGCAGAACUGUAAGGCGACGCAGAUCAAAAAAUAGAUCAGAGUCCAUCUCCGAUAAUGAUUCUGAUGAAGAGAGUGAAGGGAACACAAGGAGAGGCCCAUCGAAUGAAGCCACUGAAUGUGAGGAGGAAACUGGAGGUCACCAGCAGCAUACAGCACUCCCAAAAGGAGGGGAAAAACGCAGAAGAUUCGAUUUAUGGAGCAUUCGCCCCAAAAGAGCUCUGUUUCCCUUUAUAAUGAAGUCAAAAAGACAACAGGUCCUGACCAGACAGAAGCACCAGAUUCUGGAGAACUCAGAAAUUGGAGGGUUCCUCAAAUGCAUAAAGAAAACUAAGGAGGGUUAUACGAAUACAGGAGUAGCUCUCAGCUCAUGGAUGUUGGAGUCAGAGCUAACCGAUAACUCUGAGGUGGACGAACGACACAGUGAUCAUGAAGUCACAGUAGUGGAUAGAGAUGUUUUUGUUCCUGGUUUCCAUUUAAAAGGUAAACAAAUAUGGUGCCCGCAAUCCGUCAUGGAGAGGAGGAAAGCUGUUAUGCCUUCAUCUCAGUAUCCUGAUAUGUUACAACCCAUAGAACAUGUGGACAAUGAAAAACAUGUCAAAAACACAACAAAAAAGAAUGUCAAAAGAAAAAGAAAAGCCAGCUCAAAGCUUAAAAAUACUAGCCAUCUUCCGCGGUCCCAGAAUAACUCGAAGAAAUGUUCACGAUCAAAAAAGAAACCCAAAGCUGCAGCCAGGAAACGCUCCGUUGGUUCUUCAAAGUCUGAUAGUGUCCGUCUCCUUAAGGAAUGUCAAGAGCAGCAGCAUAAAAAUCAUGAGACAUCUGAGGUUUUGGCUUCUUGCUCAGAUUCUGAACUCUCAGAUUCUGCUCAUUUGCGACAGCCACAUCUUCAGCAGAUUGUUUGGUCUUUUGAGAACUCGGCUGAUGAAGCAUCUGAUGGAGGUGAUUUAUGGGUAAUUGAGGAGACGCAGACACUGAACUCUGUAGAUGCAGUUACAGAAGAAGCGACUAAUAUGAUGCAAGAAGGUGAAGUGAUGUCUAGUGCACAAAGCAAUUUCUGCUCUCCACCCCAUGGGGGAGACAUUUCAAUACAUAAUGAUACUCAUUAUACUGACGGCUCGCUGGUUUCAUACAUGCCACUGGAUAAUGUGAUCGGAGUAAAAAAGACAAACAAACUGAACACAUUUGUUAAUGCAGAGGUUGCUAUGCAUGCCAGCAGCACCAAACACUCUGAGACCAGCCAGAUUUCUGUUGAGCCACAUACUAAACUGCUCUCUGAGAUCAGUUGCCAAAGUAAAAGGAGAACAAAGCUGUCAAUGUCUCAAAAAGAUAUUGAAGUUACACAUGUAGAGGAAAGCACAGAGAUGCAACCAGCACCUGAGUGUUUACCACUAGCUGAUGAACCAAUAAGAGAUGUUUCCUCAAGUUCCUGUAAACAUGCUGUUGUGGGUAGAAAAAGGGCGACGGUAGAGAUGCCCAUGGAAACAGAAGAUAGUCCUGUGUUUGGACUGAGCUUUCUCAAAAGGAAAAGCCAGAAAAAGAAGGAAAUGGGAGCAACUGUCAAAUGCCUAGAUUUGAUGCAAUGUGAUACAAAUGUUCAUGUGAGUCAGAAAGUGAGUUAUGUAUCUCAAGCUGAUGACAUGACUGGACUUAGUACGGCACACAGAUGCAGACGGGAAUCAUGUGAAGUGGAGGGUAAAGGAGUUAAUGAAAAGCAAAUGGCAGCAUCAGUCUCACAGUCCGGCGAAACAGCAGACUUCUUGGAGAUAACGAGUAAUUUAUCUGUGAUGACAGACAGCACUGUUAUCCCAAAGGUUAAGAAGAAAAAAAUUAGAAAGCAUAAAAUACACGAGCAACAGGAUGCAGGGCUUGAUUCAGGUAUUCAUAGUGUUGAAGAUGUUCAGUCAGUUCAGUACACUGGACUGAAUCAAAGUGAGUCAAAAACUACAGAGUUGUCAUCCAAAAAAAAAAAGAAGAAGAAAGACAAACAGAGAAAUGGAACAACAUAUGCAGAGAAAAGCAAUGCAAUAAACAACUCGUCAAACGAUACUUUGGACUUCAUUGCUGAUAGACCUGCAGAUUUGAGAGUAAAUGAUUUGAUUAAUUUCUCUAAGACCAAUGAGCUUGAACAGAAUUCAGAGGAAAAUACAGGGUCACCCAGUGUAAUUACACUAAACUCUGUGAAAAAGAAGAAGAGGAAGAAAAAGGAUUUGUGUAAGCAGUAUGAAUCCAUUGAUUUGGAUCUGGAUGCAAGUUCUGUGUCCAUGCUUGAUGAGGUCACCAUGCUUAGAGUGCUUGCACAACAGGAGUCAACUACAGAAAAGGUCACUGAGGAAAGACUAUAUGAUGACCGUGCAAUUGAACAUUUGGAAAGUAAUUCAGCAGGUGGAUUAAGUGUUGCAAAACGCAAAAAGAAAAGUCAGAAUGCGAGUAAUUCUUUUCAAGGUGAUGACAUUAGACUGGAAAAAGCUGUGUCAGAGUCACAGUCAGGGAAUACAGUAGAACUCUUGGAGAAAAGUAAUUUAUCACAGGUUAAACAGAAAAAGAAGAAAAAGCACAAAGUAAAAGAGCAGGAGAAUGCAGAGCUUGAUCCAGAUACUCAAAAUGUAGAAAAUAUUCACUCAGUUGAGUCAGAAACCUCUAUGUUGCCAUCCAGAAGAACAAAAAAGAAGAAAAAAGACACAAUGAUUAGCCCAUCAAAGGAAAGUUUGGAUCACAUUGACCAGAGACCUCCAGAAAUGAGAGCAAAUUAUUUGGUUCAGUCCUAUGAAGCCAUUGAGAUCCAUCCACUUGAGCAUAUUGAGACAUCCGAGGAAAUUGCAGGAUCACCUAGUGUAACUAGAUUAAAAUCACUGAAGAAGAGGAAGAAAAAGCAUAGGAGUGAGAAACAUAGGUGUGAAUCUGUUCAUUUGGAUCCGGAUGUGAGUUCCUUGUCUCUAUUUGAUGAUGUUACUGGUUUGAGAAAGGUUGCGCUAGAGGAAGAUGGGCCAACCAUGCAAGAGAUCAUUGAAGAAAGGCAAUGUUUGAAAAGUAAUACAGCGGGUAUAUUAAGUGUUACAAAAUGCAAAAAGAAAAGUCAGAAUGGGAGUUCCUUGUCUCAAGGUGAAGACAUCAUUAGACUGGAAAAAAACGUGUCAGACUCGCCUUCAGGGAAUACAGCAGAACUCUUGGAGAAAACAAGUAAUUUAUCUGUGGUUUUAGACACCACGGUUAUCACACAGGUUAAACAGAAAAAGAAGAAAAAGCACAAAGUAAAAGAGCAGGAGAAUGCAGAGCUUGAUUCAGAUACUCAAAAUGUAGAAAAUGUUCACUCAGUUGAGUCAGAAACCUCUAUGUUGCCAUCCAGAAGAACAAAAAAGAAGAGAAAAGAGAAAGUAAUUGAAAUGACAAUACAUGAAAAGGGCAAAAACGCAACAAUUAGCCCAUCAAAUGAAAAUCUGAACUGCAUUCUUGAUAGAUCUCCAGAACUGAGGGUAAAUGAUCUGGUUCAUCCCAGUGAAGCCAUUGAGAUACAUCAUCUUGAGCAUAUUUGGAAAUCCAAGAAAAUUACAGAAUGUCCAUCACUCAGUGUUACUAAAUUAAAAACAAUGAAAAAGACAACAAAGAAAAGGGAUGGGAGUGAUUCUGUUGAUUUGAAUGUUGACAUGUGUUCUGUGUCUUGGUUUGAUGUCAAUGGGCAGGCAGAAGAUAGGUCAACUACACAAGAAAUGAUCGAAGAAAGGCCAAGUGAUCUAACUGAACACUUGGAAAGUUAUACAACAGCUAAGUUAUAUUUAGCUAAACACAAAAAACAGAGGGAAAGGGCACAUUUUACUAUUAAUGAUAAUUCUGACUUGAGCUGUUCUGUGGCACAACAGGAGGAUACAGAAACGCUUGUGAGACCAAAGAAGAGGAAGAAGAAAAGAAAUUCAGAUGGUAUUGAAUUGACUUCAGAAUUUACUGAGACAGAAGCCCUUUUUGAAAACUCUCAGAGGCAGGUGUCGAAACCACCUGGAACAAUGUCAAAGAAAACAAAGAGAAAGAUUAGGGAAGAAAUAGAGGAACCUGAUCAGAGUCAAAUAUCUGUACAAAAUGACACCGGUGGACUAGAGACUGUACUGACAAAGAGGACUGACACAGUCAUACAACAGAACAAUGCAGAAAGGCAGGUCAGCACUACAUCAUUGGGAGAUUCUGAAGCUUCUAGAGACAGAAAGAAGAGAAGGAAGAAGGAUACUGGAAAUAAUAUCCCCAGAAAUCAGAGUACUGACUCACCUACAGAAGUAAACCAAGAUGAUGCAUCAAAAAGUUCAGAAAAGGAGAGGCAAAGAACAAGGUGUAAUGACAUAGGUUGUAUUGAAACUGAGUACAAUGCUAAUAUUGUUCAGUCACAGAGAAAACAGGAUACUAAGAAUGAAAAUAGCCUAAAGGGGGAAUUUAAGGGAGCUACAGGGAUAGGAGACCAUUCUGGAUCUCAGACUGAUGAUGAAAUGGGGAAACGGAGAAAGAAGAGGAAAAGAAGGAAAGAGAGUGCAUCCACAUCAAAGCUCUUUAAUCCACAAUGGAGGAGCAGCAUGGAGGGCAGGCAUUCAGAGAUAUACAGAACUUUGCAGUCUGAAGAUCGCAGUCAUAAGAACUUUAUAAUUGAAGAUAUGAUUGAAUUGAAGAGCAAGUGGUUCAUAAAUGAAGUGUUUUCCAGAAAUGAGCUGGAGGUUCAAGAAAAAGGUGAUCUUAACCUCAAAGUUUUGGGAAAACAUCUGAAUUCUGAGGAACACCAUAAAUAGUGGAGUGGAGUGAUGUAUGAAUAUAAAAAGAAAAAAAGAGUUAAACAAUAUUGACCUUACGUGUUUUUGUUUUUGUUUUUUGUUUUUUUAUGUAUAUUUUUAAUAAGCAAAAAAAAAAAUUUAAUCACUCUACACUGCCAUCUGGAGAGCAAUAUCACUUUAUACUUUUAUACAAAAUCCAAAUAUUUUUUAUAAUUGUGAUCUUUACUAUUUCUUUGUAGAUUUUUAUUUUAUGGACACUUUAUGCAUACUUUGCAACAGAGAAAAAAAUGUAUGGGUUUCCCCCAUGUACUAAAUAUAUCUUUACUGAGCUAAUCAGUUUUAUUUUACUACUUUUGUUUCCACAUUAAAUCCUCAAAGUCUUCAUUACUAAAUGUGAAAAGAAUGUUUGUUUUGAGUGGUUAUAAUUUAUGUGAGGAUAAUUGCAUGUUGAAUAAAUUUCAGAUCAUUUUGAUUGAUGUUUCAGUGAGAACUCAUAAUUUUCAAGCUCCCACAGUUCAGUGCAUUGUUACGUUCAAAAACACAAUUUGACACAUAAAUUGACCUAUACCUAUUGUAUAAAUUACGCAUAUUCUGUUUUUGGUUAUUCUAAUGUCAUCCAAAUAAUGCAUUUCAUUUCUACA